AUGACGGUGCGUGGUGCGUUGAUGGAAAGUCGGCAACUGGUUGAACCCGACGAUCUUCUUCGCAGCAACAACGAUUUCUAUCACGCUUAUCACUUCCACUGUGCAGAUUGCAAAGCGGCACUAACGGGCGAGGCACGACAACUCGCAAAGAACUGGUACUGUCCACGGUGUUAUGAUAAACGCUGUGAAACGUGUGCUAGCUGUCAUAAACCGAUCGACAGGGAUCGGGAGCAGAGCGUGGUCGCCUUGGGUAAAAAAUUUCAUGUUGAGCAUUUUCGCUGUAUGAAAUGUGGAGUUGCAUUUAUGGGACGGCAACAUUACGAGCACAAUGGCAAGGCCUACUGUGAAGAGGACUUUGUGCAGGUGAGCAGAUGA